AUGGCGGCGUGCGGGGAGGCGGGGGCCGCGAGCGGGGGCCGCGGGCGGCGGCGGCCGGGGCCGGGGCCGGUGGGGCGGGCGGUGGUGGCCGCCGCGCUGGCGGUGCUGGGCUGGCUGCAGGCGGCGCGGGGCGCCGGGAGCCUGCCCAAUGACCCGCUGCUGCAGCCCUAUUUCCCCUCCCGGCAUGGCCCUCGGCACAACCACAGGCACAUCAGAGACUGUCAGCCCCUCAAGUACGGCAAUGUAACACAUGAAGCUUGGCCCAGUGACAACAGGACAGGCAGCCCAGUGGCUACCACCAGAACGUUUGUUUCUUACAUUCCCCCAGAUGGCGAGGACCGCAAGGUGGUCUAUGGCCACUUCACUUUUGUGAGGAACCCCCUGAGGACCUUCUCUGUGCUAGAGCCGGGCGGCACGGGAGGCUGCCAGGCUCAACGCAGAGCCACCGUGGAAGAGACUGCAAGGCUUGGGAAGUGUCUGGUGGCCCAGAACGGUGGGUACUUCAACAUGGAAACCGGAGAGUGCCUUGGGAACGUUGUGAGCAAUGGAAAGCUGGUGAGAAACUCUGGAGGCCUGCAAAACGCUCAGUUUGGCAUCCGGAAGGAUGGCACCAUGGUGUUUGGUUACCUGUCUGAGGAAGAUGUCUUGGAUCAAGCAAACCCUUUUGUGCAGCUUGUGAGUGGGGUAGUUUGGCUCCUAAGAGAUGGAGAAGUUUACAUCAGUCAGAGUCAAGUGGCUGAGUGUGGUGACAUUCAAACCACAGGAACUUUCGACAAGUUCAUCAAUGUGAUAUCAGCCAGGACUGCGGUUGGACACGACAGCCAGGGGCAGCUGGUCUUGGUUCAUGUGGACGGACAGACAGAAUCCAGAGGGGUCAACCUCUGGGAAAUGGCUGAGUUUCUGAAGAAGCAGGGAAUCAUCAAUGCUAUCAACCUGGAUGGUGGAGGGUCUGCGACGCUGGUCUUAAAUGGGACCCUGGCAAGUUACCCGUCCGAGCACUGCUCCUUUGACAGCAUGUGGCGUUGCCCUCGGAGCAUCUCGACCAUCAUGUGCAUCCACGAGCCUGCCUGCGAGCCCGCGGACUGCAGUGGCCACGGGGACUGCGUGGAAGGGGAGUGCCGCUGCGCUGGGGGCUUCUGGAGAGGCCCAGCCUGCGACAUCUUGGACUGCGGCCCUUCCAACUGCAGCCUGCGCGGCGUCUGCACUGACUCUGGAUGCCUGUGUGAUGCCGGCUGGACUGGCAGCAACUGCAGCGAAGGUUGUGCUAGCGGUUUCUAUGGGGACGCUUGCACCCAGAAAUGCCUGUGCCAGAACGGCGGCUCGUGCGACCCCGUGCACGGAGCCUGCUCCUGCCCAGCUGGGUACUACGGCACCAGCUGCGAGCAAGAGUGUCCCGUGGGCUGGUAUGGGCCGAACUGCCAGGAGGAGUGCGCGUGUGAACACACGUGUCCCUGCGACCGGGAGACGGGCAGCUGCAACAUCACCUACCACCGGGCAGUGCAGGAGCAGUUAAACAAAGCCGGGCGGUGUUUGGCUUCCCAGAAUAAGGGAAGGAGCAAAGGAAAGUUCUCUCUGUCAGAAAAAACCUGGAUCUCCAUGACCUCUGUCUUGGCUCUGCUUCUGGUGCUCAGCGCCAUGGGAAACGUGGGCCUUUUUCUCAAGGCCAGGUCAGAGAGGCACCAGGAGGGGGGUGACUACCUCUACCACCCGCUGAGGGAGAUGAACGGGGAAGCCAGUCACGCCUCCACCUCUGCCGCCUGCGAGAUAGAAGACACUCAGGACCAGAGCCAGGCGCUUCUUCAGAGCCCCAGCUGAGGAGAGAGGAGAAACUGGCGUGCUGUGCCCAGCUGCGUGGGCUGCCACAGAGGUACCACAGCCUGGAGCAGGGCAGCCUGAUGGUGGGACUAGGCUCGUCCUGCCCCAGCCCCGGGACAUCCCGUGCAGCCGCCCCUGCCCUUCCUCCUCCUCCUCGGGAGCCACUGCCGGCAGCGAGCCGGGCCGCCCUCAGUACUUCAAACAACCCAAGAUCCCAAACAUCUCAGCUGGAAAGCGGGCGUUUGACUAGAACACAUCCUCACACAACACGUUUUAAAAACAAACAAAAACAUAUUUGAGUUUGCUUCCACGGGAGGGAAAAUGAGCCUUUAAUGUGCUGCUUUGAUGCUGCAAAGAGGGGGUUAGAACCUGUCUGAGCCUGAACGUUAACAUUUUUAUGCACUCCGUUUUUAUCUCUCCAAGUAAAGGGCAUGUAAUUUUUGUGCUGCUGUUGGCAUCAAAUCAACCUGUAAAUGGAAGAUUCUAUUUUUCUAUUAUUUACAGAACACCGAAUAAAGUCUGUUACUAAUAACUGCCUGAAACUCAGAUUCUUGACAGCCAGUUGCAGGAGGAAGCCGCGAUCCUUUCCCAGUUAAUCCCAGUUGGC